CAUCUAUGAAUGAUCCGAAAAAGAUUUAAGUAUGGCCAUAAAAUAUACCUGUAAAAUAAAGAUUAUCUAAUUAAUGAAUGUAGAGCUAUUCCAGGCCUGUUAUUAAGAUCAAGCCCUACGUCGAUAAGUUCAUACUGAUAUUUGAUCUGAAGUGGAAUAGAAAAACAUAACUGCAUAUUCAUAGUAAAAAGAGAUCAUUGACAUGAUGAGAGCCAUACUACAUGUAGCUGCUUGGAUGAUAUUUGCAAUCGUCCUCCUUGACAUUGCAACUACGACAACAUUGGCACACUGCGAUUACACCCAUGGGUCUGUGUGCCCAAUGGGAUUCACCUUCAAUGAAAACCUGGAGUCCUGUUACAACUUUGUCAUAUCAGAGAAAACCACUUGGUACAAUGCUCUCACAUUUUGCAACUCAAUGGACGCAAAUCUUGUUGCUAUAGACUCGGAAGAAGAAUACAAUUUCCUACGAAGUGAGAUUCAGGGACGGGGGAUUAUUGGAGACGGUGCUACAACAGGAAAUUCGUUCUUCAUUGGUGGCAACUUUUUAAAUGGAGGUUGGCAAUGGGCGGGUGGACCUUCAUGGAAGACAAAACCGAUAUUAUAUGCCCCUUGGAGUACUACGUGGAGCAGUCCAGAACCUAACGACGUGAAUGCAGAGAGAUGUACAGUUCUUUAUGGUGGUGAACAAUUUAAACUACAUAACUGGAAUUGUGGCUUUGAGUUCCAUUACAUAUGUGAAAUCAAAUUAAGAUGAAUAACUGUAACUCUUCGCUGAUUAUGAGGUACUGUUGUGUACAGGUUGGCUCUUAAGAGAUAAAUACAUUAUAGAUAUAUCCAAGAGAAUGGGAAAUAUAUA